UUGAUAUUUCAUAACAUUACAUCAUACUCUUCACUGUUCUUCACCUAAGAGGCAAAAGAAAAGCAGAAAGAAAAUGGCUGAUGAUGAAAACCCAAUAAAUUUUGGCAUAAUGGGGUGUGCUGAGAUUGCCAGAAAAGUGUCCAGAGCUAUACAUCUAGCUCCCAAUUCAAUCCUUCGCGCUAUAGCUAGCCGUUCGAUCGAAAAGGCGAAGCGUUUCGCGAUCAAAAACAGUUUACCAGACGAUGUUAAGAUCUAUGGUAGCUAUGAUGAAUUGCUAGAUGAUCCAUGUGUCGAUGCCGUGUACAUGCCAUUGCCCACAAGUCUUCACCUACAGUGGGCAGUCUUGGCUGCUCAGAAGAAAAAACAUAUACUUCUAGAGAAACCAACGGCUCUUGAUGUAGAUCAGCUUGAUCAGAUAUUAGAGGCAUGUGAAUCCAACGGUGUACAAUUCAUGGAUGGGACAAUGUGGUACCAUCACCCUAGGACUGCCAAAAUGAAGGCCUUGCUCUCUGAUUCCCAGAUUUUUGGGCAACUUAGAUUUAUCCACAGCUCGUCAUCAUUUGCACCAUCUCCGGAAUUUUUUGAGAAGGACAUAAGGGUGAAAAUGAACUUGGAUGGUCUGGGUGCCCUUGGGGACGCAGGCUGGUACUGCAUUGCAGCCAUCUUGUGGGCAAUGGACUACCAUCUACCUACAACUGUAACCGCACUUCCAGCCAUAGCCCGAAACUCAGCUGGAGUCAUCUUGUCCUGCAGUGCCUCCUUAAAUUGGGACAAACAUGAAACAAUCGCGACAUUUUACUGCUCUUUCCUUUCGCAUGAAUCCAUGGACUUGGCCAUAUCCGGCUCCAAUGGAUCGCUUCACAUCAACGACUUCAUAAUUCCAUAUCAAGAGAAUUCUGGUCCAUUUAGUGUAACGUCUGGCGCAAAGUUUGUGGAUCUUCACAUUGGGUGGAAUGUGAAACCUGAGAUAGUUCAAGUGGCUACUGAGCUUCCACAAGAGGCACUCAUGGUUCAGGAAUUUGCUAGGCUGGUGAAGGGCAUUAAAAUUUCUGGGUCCAACCCAGAUGGUAAAUGGCCUGGGAUUAGCCGAAUGACUCAGUUAGUAAUCGAUGCAGUGAAGAAAUCCAUCGAUCUAGGUUUUAUAUCUGUUUCUUUGUAAUUAUUUGGAUAUUAUAAACCUACUAUUUUUCAGCAUGGAAUGAAGCAUCAAACAUGAACAAAUUCACCAGUGUACGUAAGAGAAUUAUAUAAGUACUGAAGUCAUAAUCCAUGAUUGUUUAUAGUAA